AUGCUCAAUAUCUCUUGGAUCGUGGCGCUGCUCAGACCUAUUGUCAUCAUCAUCACAGCGAGUGCCGGCCUAUACUCGAUAUUCCUCGGUCUCCUCAUGAUUCCCACCUUACAAGACCAUGUCAUCUACCUACACCGAGUUACCUUGACAUGGUUUCAAGACGUCAAUGUGCCUGAACAAUGGGGCUUCCUCCGCAACCAAGUCACACCUUUCCACCUCAUCACGCCAGACGGAGAAAUCUUGCAUGCAUGGCAUAUCCUGCCGCUCGAGACAUACAGGCAGAACGAGAAGGCUUUGAGGAGCGAAAAAGUAGGCCUGUGCCAUGAAAUCAAAGAACGAUUGGCAUUUAAGCUACUGAGAGACGAUCUGACAUCACAACUGGUGUUAUAUCUACAUGGAGCAGCAGGGACUCUUGGAUCUGGCUGGCGACCCCAAAGUUACCGUGCCAUCUCGGCUUCUGCGCAGAACGUCCACAUCAUUGCCAUAGACUACCGAGGGUUUGGGACAAGCACCGGAUGGCCGUCUGAAGCUGGCCUCCUCACUGACGCGCUGACGCUUGCCAACUUCGCCCUAGAAACGGCCGGUAUCCGGCCAGACCGCAUAGUCAUUUUUGGACAAUCUCUCAGAACAGGUGUGAGUAUAGCGCUUACACAUCAUCUUGCUCUACAGUCUCCGCCGAUUCUUUUUGCUGGGAUGAUACUCGUGGCGCCAUUUGCGGAUGUUGAGCUUCUCACAAGGACAUACAGUGUGGCCGGAACAAUACCGCUUCUUGGCCCCGUUGCUAGAAUUCCUUACGCACUGCCUUUCUUCAACAAGUUCAUUGUGAGUAAGUGGCCGUCCAAAGACACGCUCUCGGCCUUCAUUCGACACUGCGACUCCUCAAAACUUGGAAAUCGACAUAGGAAGUACGAUAUUACGCUUAUACAUGCACAGGAUGACUAUGACAUCCCUUGGAUACAUUCAGAGAUCGUGUUCUGGCAUGCCGUAAAUGCUAUGAGAUUUCCGGACUCGAACGUCAGCUUUGACGAAUUGGAAGAUAUAAAAGCUAGAGAGAGGAUAGAGCUCGGCGCUGGAGGAUGGGAAGUUGACUGGCGUGGCAAAGGAGGCAUCAUCAGGGAGCAAGUCGUGAAGCAUGGACUGCACGAUAGAAUUAUGAGUUACCCCAUCGUCAGUUUGGCCGUCGCACGGGCAUUCUACGGUCGAGACGAACAAUAG